GCUCGCUGGUAUCGGUAAAGCUCUAUUCCAUCCAUCGCAUGUACGAUGUGGUGUAUUCUUUGGAGGCCUCGUCAGCACUACCAACACCCUCCUGUACCUUCUAGGAUCCGCCAAACGUCGACAUCAGUUCGCAUGGCUGGUUGGAUUACUGUCAG